GGGUUUAUUUUUACAUUACAAAGAAAAUUGUUGUAAUGACUGGUAUUCAAGAAACUUCGUGUAGGCUUUGCCUUAAAACUGUAAUCGUUAAAAGGUUUGAGGUGAUAGACAACGUUAUCAGAGAUAUUCUAGACGUUCUUUUAGUGAAAGUGAAAUUUGAUGAUGAGAGCAAAGAGCUUUUAUGUAAUGCUUGCAGAAGAAAAUUAUACGCAGCAUUAGAAUUCAAGUCGAUAUGUCUGAAUACUGAUAAAACAAUUAUUCCAUACGUGGAUUGCGAAAAGAUGUUACAGCUCGAUAUGAAAGAAGUGUACACGAAGGAAAAGGGAAGCGAGUCAAUGGAUAUUUCAGACAGUCAGAAAAUAUGUCGAUUGUGUAUGAAGGUAGUAAAAAGUGAGUUUACCUGCAUACGUGAAGAGGAACUCCAAGCUAUUGAGAAAUUGACUCCUGAAAUGAAUAUAAAUAUUAUCAAAGAUCCCGUUAUAUGUAAGCCAUGCUUUGAUUCUCUGUGUACCCACAACAGUUUCUUAAGAGAAUGCUUAGAAGUAGAGGAAAAACUUAAAGGUACAGAAAAUCAUAUAGAUACGUCAUCAUCUGAUUUAUUCGUUAAGAGUGAAAGUCUGAACAGUGAAUUAGAUAUUAACGAGAUGGAAAUGACAAUGAAAACUGAAUGUGACGACAUAAAAUCUGAAGAUGAGGAAAGAAGCGACACGCCAGUGCAGAGCUCCGAUAAUGAACCAUUCGAGAAGAAUGUUUGUAAAGAUGCAGAAGAGGAAGGAUAUAAACAUGAAAACGGAUUGGAGAGCAAAUGUAAUACGAAAACCAAGCAGGAGUGCAAAGUAUUGUGCAAAUGUGAUAAAUGUAUUUAUGAAACUAGAAGCAAGAGCCUUUUUGAGGCACAGUGUGUGAGACACGAGAAUGAUUCGGAAGCGUAUAAAUGUGAAUUGUGUCAGUAUGAAACUGAAAAUAAGAAAUUACUUCAUAGGCACCAGUUGAGACAUAAAGACCCCUCACAGAUCAAAAUGUACAGAUGUAACGACUGCGAUUACGAAGCUAAAUAUAAAGACAAUAUGAUACGGCACCAACUGAAACAUAAAGAUCCUUUGCAAAUUCAAAUGUAUAGAUGUAACAACUGCAUUUAUGAAACUAAAUACAAGAAUGUUUUUAAACAGCACCAACUAAAACAUAAAGAUGCUUCGCAGAUUCAAAUGUACAGGUGUAAUGACUGCGAACAUGAAACUAAAUAUAAGGCUAAUAUGAAACGGCACCAACUGCAACAUAAAGAUCCUUCACUGGUUCAAAUGUACAGGCGUAACAACCACAAUCAGCUCCAACUGAAACAUAAAGAUCCUUCGCAAAUUCAAAUGUACGGAUGUAACGACUGUCAUUUCAAAACUAAAUACAAGAAUGUCAUCAAACAGCACCAACUAAAACAUAAAGAUUCUUCACAGAUUCAAAUGUACAGGUGUAACAACUGCAAUUACGAAACUAAGUACAAGGACAAUAUCGGACGGCAUCAACUGAAACAUAAAGAUCCUUCACAGGUACAAAUGUAUAGGUGUAACGACUGCGAUUACGAAACUAAAUAUAAGAGUCAUAUCAAAAGGCAUCUACCGCAACAUAAAAAUCCUUCGCAGGUUCAAAUGUACAGGUCUAUUGAUUGCAAUUACGAAAUUAAAUAUAAGUGUCAUAUCAAAAAGCAGCAGUGGAAACAUAAAAAUCCUUCUCAGACAAAGAUGUACAAAUGUAACGACUGCGAUUACGAAAAUAAAUAUGAAAGUCAUAUCAAACGUUCUAAAGGAAAACUUUGCAAGCUUUGCUUUAAUAAUGUGAGCAACGGGAAUUUUACAUUGAUAGACGAAUCAACAAGGGAAAUUUUAAAAACGGUUUCGCUGUAUCUAGACUUGGACAACAACUAUAAACAUGCCGUGUGUUCUAACUGCUCUGUUAAACUAUACUCUGCUUUUAACUUUAAAUCCACUUGUCUUUACCUUGAGGAGAAGAUUGCUUCUUAUGUGAUUCCUGAAAAAGUGACCUUCGUCAACUUAAGAGAAGUUUAUUUAAAGGAACACGAGAACAGUUUCAUGGUGAAAAUGGAAGAUGAUCAGAAAAUAUGUCGAUUAUGUUUGCAGUUAAUUAAUGAAGAAUAUGUGCCAUCUUAUGAAAUAAACUUAGACGUGAUUCAUAGAUACAUCCCGCAAGUGGAUUUUGACGUCACCGAAGACCCAGUUGUUUGCAGGCAAUGUUUAGAUUCGCUAAGCAUUCACGAUACUUUUAUAAGGACCUGUUUGGAUGUUCAAACCAACGUUCAGAACAUAUGCGAAAACAGAACAGAUUUUGAGCAUAGUAAUAUGAUUAUUAAUAACGAAAAUGAUGGAAUCGGAUUACAGAUGGAGAGAUCAAUUAAAAUUGAAAAAGGGCUAGAGAGGGAAGAAAUGAUGAUCGAAACUAAAGAAGUUGACGUUAAAAGUGAGGAAAAUGAUUGGGAAAGGAAUUCCUUUUCAUGUGACUUAUAUAACAGAGAUGCAAGAGAAAUAAAAAAUGAAUCUAUUCUUGAAUGUGGGACAGAAGUUCAAUUAAGCAAAUGUGAGUCACCAAUAAAUGUAAAAUUACACAAAAGUGAAUACAAAAACGAGUUAAACAAUGAUCUGAAACAGGAGGUUGCUCUGGAACAGGGAAGUUCCACAUGCCGCGAGUCAACAAGCAAAGACUCUUCUGAAGCAUGUUUACACAAAUGCAAUAUGUGUAAUUAUGUAACUACACAUAAGAGUCAUAUGAAAAUGCAUCAGUUAACACACAAAGAUCCUUCAGAAACUGAAAUACUUUGCAUUAAUACUGUAAGCAAUGAAAAUUUUACAGUGGUAGAUGAAUCUACAAACAAAAUUUUAAACACUGUCUCGCUGAAUCUGGACUUGGUCAACCAUAAACAUGUCAUAUGCUCUACCUGUUCUAUUAAACUGUACUCUGCGUUUGGUUUUAAAUCCACUUGUCUCUAUGUUGAACACAAGAUCACUUCCUAUGUUAAUCCCAAAGUGUCAUUCGUAAACUUAAGAGAAGUUUAUUUGAAAGAACAUGAGAACAAAACGUCGGUUAAACUAGAAGAUGAUCAGAAGAUAUGUCGAUUAUGUUUACACUUAGUUCACGAAGAAUUUGUGCCAUUUUGUGAAAUGAAGUUAGAGAUGAUUCAUAGAUAUAUCCCAGAAGUGAAUUUUUUCAUCACUGAGGACCCAAUCGUUUGUAAGCAAUGUUUUGAUUCAAUCAGCAUUCACGAUACUUUCAUAAGGACAUGUUUGGAUGUUGAAACGCAAAUUCGCAACAUAGGUCACAAUAAAAUCACAAGUUUUGAGCAUAGUGAUACGUUUAAUAAAAGUGAAAAUGAUGAAAAGGGAUUAGGAACUAAAGAGAGGGCGGAAGGGACGAUUAAAAUUAAAAAAGAGCUAGAGGCAGGAGAAAUGCUGAUCAAAACUGAAGAAGUUGAUAUAAAAAGUGAAGGAAAUGAUUGGGAAAGGGAUUCCUUUUUUUAUGCCUUACAUAACGAAACAAGUAAAAAUAAAACAAGGCAUACUUCAGAAGAUGUAGGAGAAAUAAAAUGUGAAUAUGUACAUAGAUCUGACACAGCAGAAUUUCAAUUAAGCAAAAAUGAAGCUCCUUUUGAUAUACCACCAUAUAAUAGUGAAUACAUAACCGAUAUUAACAAUAUUGUAAAACAGGAAACUUCUCAGGGACAUAAGGAAAGUUCCAAAUGCCCACAGUUAAUAAGCAAAGGCUCAUCCGGAGCAACAAUGUACAAAUGUGAUACAUGUACUUACGAGACUAAACACAGGGGUCAUCUAAGAAUGCAUCAGUUAAAACACGUAGACCCUUCGGAAAUUCAAAUGUACAGGUGUGGUGCUUGUGAUUAUAAAACUAAAUAUAAGGAUCACCUAAAGCGGCACGAGGUAACACACAAAGACCCUUCAGAAAUCCAAAUGUACAGAUGCGAUACAUGUGGAUAUGAAACUAAGUAUAAGCAGAACUUCAAAAAUCAUAAUUUAAUGCACAAGGAUUCUUCAGAAAUUCAACUGUUCAAAUGCGAUAUUUGUAAUUAUGAGACAAAAUUCAAGGGCAAGCUAAACAGGCAUCAGUUAAUGCACAAAGACCCUUCAGAAAUCCAAAUGUACAAGUGUGAUAUGUGUGAUCACGAAACUAAAUAUAAGAAUCAUCUAAAAAGGCAUCAGUUACUGAUGCAUAAGAACCCUUCAGAAAUUCAAAUCUACAAGUGCGAUAUGUGUAGUUUCGAAACUAAGUACGACAGACAUUUAAAAUCUCAUCAAUUAAUACACAAAGAUUCCUCGGAAACUCAAAUGUACAAGUGCGAUACUUGCACUUACGAAACUAAACACAAGAAUCGUUUAAAGAUUCAUCAGUUAAGACACAAGAAUCCAUCGGAAAUCAAAAUGUACAAAUGUGAUCUAUGUGAAUAUGAAACUAGGUACAACCAGAAUAUCAAAAAGCAUCAAUUAAUACACAAAGAUUCUUCAGAGAUUCAACUGUACAAAUGUGAUAGUUGUACUUACGAAACUAAACAUAAGAAUCGCUUAAAAGAACAUCAGUUAACACACAAAAAUUCUUUUGAAACCCAAAUGUACAAAUGUGACAUAUGUACAUAUGAAACAAAGUAUAAACAGAAUGUCAAAAAGCAUCAAUUGUUACAUCGGAAUCCCUUGAACAGUGCAAAAGUGGGAACAUGAUACGUAUGAUGACACCGCAUCCUGCAAAUUAUCCAUCAGUACAUGAACAUUUUUCAAACAUCAGAGUUAAAAAAGUCAUGUAGUAAAACACCAGGAUUCUUUCAGAGUGGAAACGUAUUAAAGUGUUAACUUGAUAUUUGCUUCUUUUUAUCAUAAAAUGUUGCUUUCAAAAAACUUACAUAACCUAGUACACAGCCUUCAUAAAUGAAUACAAACCACGUGGCCACUGAGUUUAGGCAACCAACACUGCAGAGCUAAGUACUGGUAACGAAAAAUUACAAUGGACAAUGACAAACUGUUAAGUCUAUGCUAGAGAUAAUGCGAUCUCUGAUUGGUUGAAAAGAAGCUCGUGAAAAAUUACACCAAUUGUAGUCAGUGAA